AGUCUCUAGUCUCUCACUUUCCCUUUUAUCGACUUUUUAAUUUUCCUUUUUCCCAUAAACAAUUUUCUUAUUUGUGUUUCCACUGAAGAAGGAAGAAUUAGAAGAUGAAGAUAGAAAGAGAGGAGAAUCGUAAAACAGUUAAUCACAAGUCGCCAUGAGAGUUCCUUACUCCGUACUCUUCUUCUUCCUCCUCUUAUCGUUCUCCGUUAACGGCGUGAAGCUGAACGAGACUCAUCGAAGAAUUCUCCACCAGCCGCUUUUCCCGGAGACUCCUCCUCCGGACGCUCCCGAUCAGCCUUUCUUCCCUGAGAAUCACGCUCGGCAUGCUCUCAGCUCUAGCUUUCUUCUUGUACCGCCACAAAGUAAAACACGCCGGCGAUACUCAGAAACUCGAUGCCGGUUCUCGAAUAUUCCACGAAGAUCCGACGUUUCUCUACAUGGGAACCGGUUAGGGACUCUAUUAAUAAUAACGUACCGGUUAAUAAUAAUUCGUCUCCGUACCGGAAAUUAAAUUCGGUUAAGAGAUCGGAUCGUUACCGUCCCAGUCCCGAGCUUCAACCGCUUCCGCCGUUAUCUAAACCGUCUGAUUAUAACUCUUCCGACGCGGCGUUUCCUCGCUCGAAGAGCUUCCUUAUUCAAAGAGCAAGCCUAAGUUCUCUCAGCCUCCUAAUAGAGCGGCGAUUACUCAGGCUGUUGAAGAGGGGGAGAGGGAUCCAAGCAGGCCAAAGUUAAAGCCACUCCACUGGGACAAAGUACGCGCGAGCUCUGAGCGAGCCACAGUUUGGGACCAGCUCAAAUCAACGUUUUUGACACAUAACGUUUUUAACUAUUUGUGGGUGUUAAACAGAGUGAACGAAGAUCGGAUGGAGCAUCUGUUUGGUUGCAACUCAGCUCCAAAGCCUUCAAACUCGAUACUCUUCUGAAACUCGUAGACAUAAAAGGAGUUGACGGCAAGACCACAUUGCUUCACUUUGUCGUCCAAGAGAUCACAAGAUCCGAGGUGACCACAACAGCAACAGUAGAUGAAACCACCUUCCACGGAAACAAAGACGGUUUCAGAAAGCAAGGACUACAAGUCGUCGCUGGACUCAGCAGAGACCUGGCAAACGUGAAAAAAUCAGCCGGGAUGGAUUCCGAUGUACUGAGUGGCGACGUGACAAAGCUCGAAACGGGACUUGAUAAACUCCGAUCUUUUAUCAAGACAGAGACAACAACAACAACAACAUCAACUCCAGGGAAGUUCUUUGAUUCGAUGAAAGCGUUUCUCAAAGACGCAGAGGAAGAGAUUCGAAAGGUCAAAGGAGAAGAAAGAAAAGCUAUGUCAAUGGUUAAAGAAGUAACAGAGUAUUUCCACGGAGACGCUGCGAAAGAAGAAGCGCAUCCUUUGAGAAUCUUCAUGGUCGUGAGAGAUUUUCUAGGAGUACUCGAUAACGUUUGUAAACAAGUGAGGACGAUGCAAGAGAUGUCGACAACUAUGGGUUCGGCUUCAGCUAGAUCGUUCAGGAUAUCAGCUACAGCUUCGUUGCCGGUUCUUCAUAGGUAUAAAGCAAGACGAGAAGAAGAAGAUACAAGCUCAGAUGAUGAACAUAGCAGCAACUCUUCUACGUGAUUAACACACAAAGAAAAGCUGUACAGUUUUUUUUUUUUUUUUACACCGAGUAAGGCAUUGAGUUGGUUAAGUCGGAGAAUUUGGACCGGUUAAGAGAGUAACAGACACUACACUAUAAAAUUUUCGUUAACAAAUAAGGAACCUAAGAUUUUAUUUUUUGCUAGUUUUCUUUUUGUCUUGCCGUUGAAAUAUAAAUAUCCAGAUAUAUCUUUCGAUA